AAUGCCCCUGAGGGAAGCCUGCUUUCCACUUAGCUAUUUAAAACAAAAAAACACACAAAAACGAACAUGUAGUUUUCCGAUGGCUUCUUCGGGGUCUCGUUCCUCCGUCACAAGCACCCCCAUGCUCUAGGAGCCGAGUGGAAAGGCUUGGAGGAGGGCAAGCCCCCCCCCCCCCGCUCUCAGCUCCCGGCUCCCACGACUUGCUGUCAGGCAGCACCGCGGGCACCUCUGCUCCGCGGUGAUUGGCCAGCGGCGGGGUCCUCGCGGUCGUCCAAUAUGGCGGCGCCCAGUGGCGGUGUGAACUGUGAAGAGUUCGCCGAGUUCCAGUUGAUGGCAGCUCAUGUCAGUAGGGACAGAGUUAUAAAGAACUGUAUAGCCCAGACCUCAGCAGUAGUAAAACAUCUCCGAGAAGAGAGAGAAAAGAACCUGGAUGACUUAACGUUAUUAAAGCAACUUAGAAAAGAACAGACAAAGUUGAAGUGGAUGCAGUCCGAACUAAAUGUCGAAGAAGUGGUAAAUGACAGGAGCUGGAAGGUGUUUAAUGAACGCUGCCGAAUUCACUUCAAGCCUCCAAAGAAUGAGUAGAGAGAGUUUUUUUUUUUUCCUAAAGACCUGGUCAUCUCAUCAACUAAGCAUGACAGAUGUCAGCAGGGCAGGCUCCCGAGGAUGGUCUUCGAGCCAGAAGGCCAAGGCCUUUGGUUGACUUCAGCCCCUUUUAGCCAGGACCUCAAAUCUAAUUCUCAUAAUUAUAAAAUAAUCAAUUGCUAUUUUAUACUGAUUCUGUAAAAAUGUUUUGUAACUAUUAAAAUAAUUUUCUGACUCCGUGUA